AUGCCUUGCACAGCCAAAUCAUCUAGGAAUCGUCUGGCUGCUCGGCCGCCAGCGAAGAGGAGAAAGAUGAACACGCAAACAAAACUGGACGUGACACCGGGACAGUACGAGACCCCGGCACGAUACAAGGCAUACCUUAGCAAUUUGCCAAAUGAAAUUAAGCACAUUCUUGUCAGUUUCAUGCCUGAGGGCUCGCUUCACAAUCUGGCCAGAUGCAACUCCCUUUGGAACGCUGUUGCAACACCUGCACUGUACAGGCUCGACGCCAAACAUGGAAACUCGACCGCGAUACGAUGGGCUGUCACCGACUGUGCAGCAAAAGACAUGGACAUUGCCUUGAAGAUAUUGAGAAAGUCUGUCAGCUUCAAGGGAAAUGUGAAUGCCGUCCACGAACAGAACGGGCAUGCGACGGCGUUACACUACGCAGCAGCCUAUGCAAGGCACAAACUUAUUGAAGAACUAUUCAGAUUGGGCGCGAAGCCCGGCGUUUGGUGCUCUGGAGUCGAUUGGUUCAAAAAGCUUGACAUACCUGGACUGAACCGCACCAUGAAGUGCCAGUAUAAAUGGUUCUCAAAAGUUCCCAGACGCUGGGGAUUUUCAGCUCUCACUAUAGCAAUCAUUCUGAAGGACAAAGCCACAGCUAAGUUGUUUCUUCGGGCGGGAGCAUCCUGCGUCGUCGCGCUGGACGAAGAAGAAUAUCGGGCAGACGUGGAACACCCUCUUGAGGAAGCCAUCACGGUGUAUCAUCUCCUUGCCGCCGCCGAAGCCGACAUCAUCCCCGGAUGGUUCAGACUGUUUCAACGUUCCAACAGCACCAACGUGAUCAAUGCUCGAAUGCCGUACUGGGGCACGGCAUUGCACCUGGCGGUGAAUUUGGGAAAUGGCUCAGCAUUCGACAUAAUUCUCAGUCGGGGCGAGGGCAUAAUGCCCGAUCUUCCAAACCAGGCGAUAGAGACGCCAAUGCUCACAGCAAUCAGGAAGGCAUUUGAAAUAAAUGACAACAUGAAGCCUGCAAAACGAAAGGCCAUUAUAGAAUGGAUCCCGAAAUUAUUGCACGCGGGUGCGCUUAUCAACCCGGCGCCAAACGCUGCGGCCGCGCCACUGGCGUACGCGUUGAGAGAGUUCGAGUUCCAAACCUCUAUUGUGCCGAAAACUGCCAAGAGAGUCAUCGAGAUUCUUGUGGACAUUGGAGGAGCAGAUAUCGAUUGGAGACGUGGAAAUAGGGACACGCUUCUACAAGACUUUUGCGCCCAAAUUGUGGCAAGAAGGGGUUCCACGAAAAUGGAGGAGAUACUAGAGUACCUAAUUUCCAGAGGAGGAAACCUGAACGCCGCUCCAGGUCUUCUAAGAGGAGUAUCCAUCAUGUUUGAUUCAAUCAUGGCCAUCACUGGACCGACGGGAUCGAAGUCACUCAUGUCAUAUCAUAAGAUCAUCCUGGAAUCUGGGGCAAGGCUCCUACCAAAUGAAGUUCCAGCCGUCUUUCGAACAUGGUACAAAGGCGACAUGCUGAACAAGUCCAAGAUCUACAAUAUAAUGCAGCACAAGCAACACAUUGAUCAGCCAGGAAUAGACUUGGCCUGGGAACACGCCAUCGUGAAGCGAGAUGAAAAGCUCCUCCACGCCAUGCACGCCGAUGGUCUGAUGCCUUCCAAAGGAGAUUCCCUCAUUCACGGAGUGAUUGAGUGCCAGGCUCAACGAUUCUGGCCUGCAAUCAUGGACAUACAAUUCAACCCCAAUUGCCUCGACGUCAACGCCCAUGGUGGAAGCCUGCUCCAUACUCUGGUGCGAGCGGUUCACGAGCCUCCCUGUGAGCGGAGCCAGUUCAUUAUGCCAAAUAAGGCGGUGCAAAUUGCCCAUUCUCUCAUCGAAAAGGGCACUUCGACUUUGAUUCGAGAUAAUGCUGGGAUACUAGCUCUGGAGUUGUUUGACGAGUUUGGGAUUGAGAAACAACAGAAAUUACGUGCUACGCUUCUUGAAGCGUAUUUUCAAGAGACCAAAGAUUCACAUCGAGAUUGA